AUGCAAAUAAGAGAUGAUCAAGGACAAGAAUGGUGCAAUGCUUUGUUGCCGCUGCGUGACCUGCAAGAACUCAGCAUGGCAUAUUGGAAUCUCAGAGGACCCCUUGAUGCUUCUUUGACACGAUUUGAGAAUUUAUCAGUCAUUAUUCUUGAUGGCAACAACUUUUCAUCCCCUGUGCCAGAGACAUUUGCCAAUUUUAAGAAUCUCACUACCCUCAGUCUUAGCAGUUGCAACUUGAAUGGAAUAUUUCCACCGAAGAUCUUCCAGAUUGAAACAUUGUCAUUUAUCGACAUAUCAUUGAAUGACAAUCUCCAUGGUUUCUUUCCAGACUUCCCACUGGGUGGAUCUCUCCGUACCAUAAGAGUGAGUGUCACAGACUUCUCUGGAACUCUCCCACACUCUAUUGGUAACCUGAGGCACUUAUCUGAAUUGGAUCUUAGUGGUUGUCGAUUUAAUGAAACACUUCCCAAUUCACUGUCAAACCUCACUGAACUCACUCACCUGCAUUUGUCGGUUAACUACUUCACAGGUCCAUUGCCAUCAUUUGGUAUGACUGAAAAACUUACCCACCUAGACCUUUCUUAUAAUGGCUUAAGCGGUGCAAUUCCUUCAUCUCUUUUUAGGCUUCCAUUACUAGAGGAUAUUUAUCUUGACUACAACCAGUUUAGUCAGCUUGAUGAAUUCGUAAAUGUGUCUUCCUCUGCAUUGACCCUCCUUGACUUGAGACUUAAUUCUAUUAGUGGGAGCAUUCCAUCAUCUCUUUUUAGGCUUCCAUUACUAGGGGAGAUUUAUCUUGACUACAACCAGUUUAGUCAGCUUGAUGAAUUCGUAAAUGUGUCUUCCUCUGCAUUGACCCUCCUUGACUUGAGUCAUAAUUCUAUUAGUGGGAGCAUUCCAUCAUCUCUUUUUACGCUCCCAUUACUAGAGACGAUUUAUCUUCAAGACAACCAGUUUAGUCAGUCUCAUGAAUUCACAAAUGGGUCCGCCUCUGUAUUGAACUACCUUGAUUUAAGCAACAAUGAUCUAUCAGGGAAUUUUCCAGAGUUUAUCUUUCAGCUCAGUGCACUAUCUGUCCUCGACAUUUCCUCUAACAAGUUCCAUGGACCAUUGCAGCUAAAUAGGUUUUUACCGCUUAGAAAUUUAUCUGAUCUGGACAUUUCAUACAACAGCUGGUCAGAUAAUGUGGAUAUAACAAAUUUUGAAUGCUUUCCCAGACUAUUCUAUCUAGAGAUGGUAUCCUGCAACUUGAAAGCUUUCCCUAGUUUCUUGAGAAAUCAAUCCACAUUAACCUAUCUAGACCUUUCCAAGAAUCAAAUUCAUGGAGUAGUGCCCAAUUGGCUUUGGGAACUAAAUCUUAAUCACCUUAAUAUUUCAAGCAAUUUGCUGACUGAUUUGGAAGGACCUAUUCAAAAGCUGAAAAAUGUUUCUUCCUUAUCAUACCUUGACCUUCAUAACAACCAACUACAGGGUCCAAUACCUAUUUUUCCUGUAAAUGUUGCCUAUGUGGAUUACUCGAGGAACAGAUUUAGCUCUGUUAUCCCACAAGAUAUUGGUAAUUACAUGUCCUUAGCGUUUUUCCUCACUCUUUCAGACAAUAAAUUUCAUGGCAACAUCCCAGAUUCCCUCUGCAAUGCUAUAGGCCUCCAAGUGCUUGAUCUUUCAAUUAACAACUUUUCAGGAACAAUUCCCUCUUGUGUAAUGACAAUGGCUAAGCCUGAGAACCUUGGGGUAUUAAAUUUGAGGGACAACAACCUCAAAGGCACUAUCCCAGAUAUGUUUCCAGCUUCUUGUUUUCUAAGCACGCUGAAUCUCCGUGGAAAUCAAUUGCAUGGGCCAAUUCCAAAAUCCCUUGCCCAGUGCUCCACAUUAGAGGUACUGGACCUUGGAAAAAAUCAUAUUACUGGUGGCUUCCCAUGCUUUUUGAAAAACAUAUCCAUACUCCGUGUCUUAAUUUUGCGAAACAACAGAUUUCAAGGUUCCUUAGGAUGUGGACAAGCCAAUGAUGAGCCGUGGAAAGUUCUUCAAAUCAUGGACAUCGCUUUUAACAACUUUAGUGGCACACUAAAGGGAACAUAUUUCAAAAACUGGGAAAUAAUGAUGCAUGAUGCAGAAGAUCUAUAUGUAUCAAAUUUUAUCCACACGGAAUUAACAGGAAGUAGCGUGUAUUAUCAGGACAGUGUGACAAUAAUCAACAAAGGUCAACAAAUGGAGUUGGUUAAAAUUCUGAAUAUUUUCACAUCCAUUGAUUUCUCAUCUAACCAUUUUGAAGGACCAAUACCAGGGGAGCUUAUGGAUUUUAAAGCACUCCAUGUUCUCAACCUUUCAAACAAUGCUCUCUCUGGUGAGAUCCCAUCAUCCAUAGGGAACUUGAAACAGCUGGAGUCCUUGGACCUGUCACAGAACUCUCUGCAUGGAGAAAUUCCUGUGCAGCUUGCAAGUUUGACAUUCCUUUCUUAUCUCAACCUCUCCUUCAAUCAUUUGGUGGGGAAGAUCCCAACAAGUACCCAACUUCAGUCAUUUGAAGCUUCUUGUUUUGAAGGGAACGAUGGACUACAUGGACCUCCGUUGGAUGUAAAACCAGAUGGUAAAAAGCAAGAGUUGCUAACGCAACCAGCAUGCAAAAGGCUGGCUUGUACAGUUGAUUGGAAUUUUUUAAGUGCGGAGUUGGGAUUUUCUUGUGGCAUUGGAAUUGUCAUCUUUCCCCUCUUGUUUUGGAAGCAAUGGAGGAUAUGGUAUUGGAAACUUCUGGACCAAAUUCUUUGCUGGAUCUUCCCUCAGCUAUAUCUUGAUUAUGUAACUCAAGGAGGACAGAAGUACACUGUUUUAAGGUGGUGGCGCCAGUGAUCAGUGAGGGUGCUAAUAAGUUGUGAUGUAAUCUGAAACCUUUCCCUCUUAAUUUCCUAGCUAAUUAUGUUGUUGAUUGUAUGGGUUUAUUUGAGUGGUGAUAUGAUAUGUACAAGAACUUUGAAGAGACAUUCUUCUUGAUUUAAAGAAAAAGUGUCAUAGGGAGUGGAGGUGUUCAGUGUUUCAUUCAAUAUAAAAAGAGAUGAGCUGAUCAUAAAAUCAGACCAUUUCAAUGUCAUAGGAAGUGUUGGUAUUUAGUGUUUUAUGCAGCCAUAUAUCCAUCAUCAAAACUUUGGCGUUAGUGAUCAGUGAGGAUGCUAAUAAAUUGUGAUAUGAUCUGAAA